CGGUGUCUCCGGUGCUAGCAACUAAUGGUUCCAACCCUUUGGUCGGCGAGGAGCAGGAGGAAGCGAUGCUCUUCCCACGGCCAUGGCUGGGGCUCCUGCGGCGACAGCUAAAGCCGGCGGGAAGAAGAACCGGGCAAAACGGCAUCGCCGAAGCCUAAGAGAUCCGGCCCGGCCAUCUUGAGACGCCCGUCUGGGCGGUGAACGUCGGAAACGCUGAAGCUGGCGAGCCGGGGCCCCGAGUUAGGCGCCCCUCCUGCGUUGCGGAGCCCGGCUCCCCAGAGCCUCGCCCCGGCUCAGCAGAAGAGGAUGAAAAAGCGCAAGGAGCUGAACGCGCUCAUAGGCCUCGGCGGUGGAAACGGCGACCGGGGAAGCGGCACCGGCGGAGGCGGCCGGCUCAAAAAGAAGCACCCCAGGAAAGGCUCUGCCUCGGGUCAUCGCUUGCUCCGCACCGAGUCUGCCGAGAGCCUCACCAGCAGCUCCUCCGAUCCGGAUUACGGGGACAGGUUCGGACUGCCGUCCUCCCGCGCCCGCUUUCCUAAGGGUGACUACCUGCGAUGCUGCAAACUCUGCUGCCCGUUAUGUACUUUUGUCAUCCUGGCUGCGUGUGUGGUGGCCUGUGUUGGAUUGGUAUGGAUGCAAGUUGCUCUCAAAGAAGAUCUGGAUGGAUUAAAGGAAAGAUUUAGAACCAUGGAAUCUAAUCAAAAAACCUCAUUUCAAGAAAUUCCCAGAAUGACUGAAGACCUCCUUAACAAAGAAAAGGAAUUGGAAAAAAUUAAGAAUGGAGAUUUGGGGAUAAACAAAAUAUGGAUAAAUAUCACUGAAAUAAGCAAACAGAUAUCUUUGUUGAUGUUGGCAGUAAAUCAUCUCAAAGAAAAUAUUAAAUCUGCUUCUGAUUUAAUUAAUCUUCCUGUUAUAGUGGAAGAGCUUCAGAAAAGUGUCGCUACUAUAGGCAGCACGGUGACUAGUGUUCAUCAUGAUGUUGAGGCCAUGCAAGCAGCAAUUGAAGAGCAAAAGAAGACUUUAGAAACUCUCCAAAAAGAAAUAGAUAACCAAUAUCUACAUAUCUCUAUAGAGGAAAUGAACUCUACCCUAAUGUUACAUCAGAAAUUGAAUGAUUUAAAAUUUUUCAAUCUGGAUUCCACAGUCACCAAUCUAAGCUGGAAAAUUAUUUCCUUAGAAAAUCAUAUGUUUGUUGUGAAUAAAUCGGAAAGCAAAAAGAACCUUACCUUUGGUAUGGUGAGUAACCUAACUACCUCGGUAAAUAUGAAUAGUAAAUCAAGAAAUGAAACUACUGCUGAAAAAAUAGAAAAUAUGGAGAAAAUAGAAAAUGGAGAAUCUCAGGUAUCCAAACUAAGAGAAAAGCUGCAGUUGAUUAAUGCUCUGUCAAGCAAAUCAGAUAGUGAACGAUCUGAAGCACUUAAAGUAGAAAAUUCACAGAGCAUCACAUCAGAGCCUGCAAAACUUCCAAGAAUUUCUUCAAGAUCACUUGGCAAUAAUGUUGAGAGAAGUCGACACCCAAGAAGCUUGUCCUUACCUGGAAUAUCCAGCAUAGAAGAUCUUCAAAAUUUAUUCAGGACUUCUAGCCAAGGCACUAAUGACAAGUUAUCAUACGAGGACCUGGAAAAUCUGGUUGGAUCUACAGGGCAUGAUCCACAGAGUUUUCCGGAAUUUGAUGAAGAUGGAGAUGGAAGAUAUUCUAUAUCAGAACUGAAAGUAGCAUUGGGUCUAUAGUAUCUUUUCUUAUAAACACAGUAUUGAAGGACUACCGUAGCUAUUGUUUUUUUUUUAAACAACAACUGAAUAAGUAAAAGCUACUUAUAGCACUUUUCCCAGUAAUCUACUAGUCUUUGAAGUUAAUUUAGUGUAUCAAUUGACAGCUUUUAAAUUUUUUGUUCUUUGGAAAACAGUGAAAAGCUUUUAUAUUUUUAUCUGUUGUAACAAGAUAUGUUGACCCCUGAAGGUUUUUCCAACUUUUGAGGCCCUGAUCCAAGGGUAAAUAGCCAUGCCUAAGUCUGUUUAUGCAAACAGGGCCUAUUAAUAGCAAAUACAUUAUUGCAUUGGUUUGGAUUUCCACAGAACUAGGGACAUUUUAUUUGUCCUGGAUCACAGCCCCAGGAUUGCAUUGGAUUGAAUGGAAUAGUUGUAAUGAAAAUGAUAAUUGCACCUUAUGACGAAUAAUUUUAUCUCAGAGUUCUUAUUUCCCUUAUAAGGGAAGCUCGUCUUCAAGUUAAAAUAUGUGUAUAUAUUGACAAACUUGAUUUUAUAUUUCAAAUUUGCCUUAAAUUAGCUGCACUUUAGAAUAAAAUAUAAAAAUCUGAUUUGCAGGAUUGGAAUCUUCCGUUUGUAAAUAUUUAAACUAGAAUAACUUAUACGUAUUUGGAUCUAAUUUUCAUCAAAAGUAAUCAAUGUUCCAGUUUGUAUUAAGUAAAAGUCAACAAUAGAAAACAUUUCUUCUUCCUAGGAAUUACACUUGUAUGACACUCCUUUCCUAUAUUUGUUUGUGACUCACUGGAAAGUUUUGUGCUAUUCAAGUUUAACUUUUAUGCUGAGACCUCAGUUCUUGAAAUUGAGAUAAAAAGAUAUUCUGACAGGUUGUAAGAAUAAUAAUUUCUUCUGAUUUUAAACAUCACAGAUUGUUAUUUUCAGUUAUAAUAAUUUUAUGAACAAGAAUUUCUGCUGGAAACAUUGCAAUAUUUACUUCAGUUUUUCUUAUUGUAUUGGUGAUACUUUAUUCAAUUAACUUUCUCCAAUAUAAUAGAGAAUUAAAAGUGGUGUUAAUGGUUAGCAUAGUUAAUAUUAUCAGUAAUUAGGAUUCUCUCAGAGAAGAAUGAGGUGAUAAGGACCAAAUUAUAUUUUGUACUAAGUACAUCUUUGCGUUUUCGCUCUAUAGUUGGCUGAUUGAUUUUAACAUUAAUUCCAAUGUGAGGUUCAACUGGAUUGAGAUUGGGGCAUGGAUGUGCUAUUUUCUCCACAUUAUAAUUAAACCAUCUGCUUCUUAAAUUGCAGUUUGAUAAAGAUUUCUACUAGGAGUACAGUAUCUUCCUAUGUACUAUGGCUAUCAAGAUUAGUAAGCUUUUGCCUUAUUAAAAAAACAUGUGUUUGUGAAUGUGAAGUCACUUUUGGUGAUGUAGCAUGAGCUAUAAACUUGGAAAUUCAAAGCAUUUUAAGCUGCUGUUUUGUUUGUUAUUGAAAACAUCAGGUGUUGUCAGGCAAACAAAUGGUAGAAUUUCAUUUAGAAAAAGCCUCAGAUUAACAUUAUUCUCUGUACAAACCAAACACAGCAACGUUUUCUAAUGUGCCACUAUUACUGUAAAACUAUUUUAAAAGGAUAUGUUCAGUAGAGUGCUGUCAUAGUUGUUAGCUUUCUUUACAGCUUUUAGUUUAGCAAAUUUAAGUUCUCAGGAAUCUUCAUUGCCCAUCACAAAAUUCCUGGGAGAAUAAUGGCAGUGGUUUCUAUCAAAGUACUGAGCACUGAUGUACUAGAAUAUGAUGUAAACAGAUGCCUUCCAAAAAUUUAAUGAACAGUUUUUUGAAAACCAGAUUCCCUUAUCUAGAUAAUUAUCCAGAAUGCAAAUUGUUUCCUUAAGUUUUUAUGUUAGCUAUACCCAUUAAAGCUCAAAAUUCAUAUUGCAAGGUAACUGAACACCAAUAUUCUUUCGGAUAAAAUUAGUUUUAUAUGCUUUGUGUAUAAAAACCAUUGACCAAAAAAAGCAAUAACAAGUAAAUAUAGCAGUAUUUGUAUGUGUGUAUGUCAUACGAUUGUAUAGCAAAAUAUUAAAGGUAUUUUUUUAAAGGUGGCUUGUUAUGAUCCACUUGAAAAGAAUGACUUUUAAUCACAGUAUUAAGUUAAUUAUCAUGAGCACUUUUGGGGAUUGUUUUCAGAUACAUUUUUGUUGUAAGAAAUCUCACUCUAAAAUUUCUGAUCCAAUUUAGAAGCUGAAGUCAUAGUCUCCAAUAACUUAAUACUGUACCAUAGGAGAAAUAUGCAUUUGAAAACUAUCCUACAUAAAGAAAUGCUUUCAUUAGAAAAAAAUACCUAAGGUUAAUUCAUACUUUAUGUUAUAGAGCAGGAAGGAAGGUAUAAGGUAUCACUUGAAUGACUUCUGAGGAUCCUUAACAUACGAGCAUUUCCCCAUUCCUCACGUGUAUAUGUCACCACUGGGAAAGAAGGCAUUCAUAUUAGGCAAAUUUAGGGUCAUGAAGUGAUGAAUUGUCUAAAUUCUGAAGUGCAAAAGCUUGCAAAUUUUCCCUAUUUGCAAGCAUUUCAAAAAGCUAACUUCAUAUAAAAUCUUGAAAUAAUUCUAUCUUGUUUUUGAAUGUAAUUAGAGCCUUCAAAAUACAUUGUUUGUCUUAUGAAGUAUUCUAAUUUCCAAUAUUUGUGCAUUUAGAAGUAAAUUUAUGCAAAUUAUCAGCAAAGCAAAAUAAAUAUGGCAAUCUGAGUACUAUAAAUUGGCUCAGAUAGCGCAUUCUUUAAAAUUAUUUCAGGUUAAUUAACAAUAUGCAUAAUAGCUGUACAGAAGAAUUGAUUUGAAAUUGAAUAUGCAGCAUUCUUCCCAGAGGUGAGCCUGCCUUUUUAGGGAAGGUUAUGUAAGGAAGAGUAAUGGAUAAACCUCUGGUCAAAAUCCUAGCAUUUCCCCCAUUUUAUCUUCAUCAUCCUUAAGGUAUAAUACUCUUUUGAACUGAUGCCACAAGUCAUAUCACGUCUAGCCAUGCUGAGUAAGAUAGCUAGAAGCCGUAACAUAUUUUAGAAAAACACAAGAUUUGGAAAUGUUCACGUGGAUAUUAAUCUAGUUUUUAUUUCCAGUGUUCAUCUUCAUAAGUGCCCAUGAAAUGUACUCAUCUCUUUAGAUUGGUAAUAACAGAAGGCUUCAAAUGACUGUUGGACUUAUUGAAAUGCUUCCAAUGAAUAUAUUAUUUUUAAAAAAUUAGGUUAUUCAGGUAUUUCACAACAAUAGAAUCCCCUAAAAAAAUUAGGGACAUUCAGAAUAGAAAGAAUAGGGACAGGGUAACGUAACAGUGGAAUGUAUUGUAUCUUUUCUGAUUGCACAAAAAUUCUAGUGGCACUUCAAAAGUAAAAAUUACUUGAUUGCAGUUUGUUUUUUUGUUCAUAUAAUCAUAUGAAAAGAAUUAACAAAAUUAAAUUUAUAGAAAAGGGUAGUUUAUUUGUAUGGAGAACCAUAACAUUGUAAAGGAAAAAAUUCUUAAGGGUUUUGAAAGAUCUAAACCUAUUUCCCUUGUAUGGGAGUGUUGGCUGUACUUAAAAGUGGUAUUGCUUUUUACGCUAUUUAAAAAAGUCUUGAUUUUAUAUCUCCAAAGUGAAAAUUGUCCUUUUGAAUAUGAAUAACUAAUCCGAUCUUUAAACUGUUAAAACAAUUUUCUGCUAUGAAUCAUAGUGUUCGUCUAUGGAAUUUGUUCUUUAGAAUUUGUAUUGGAAUCCACUGCACUGAAAGUACACUGGUUUUACAUUGUAUAAAAGUAAUUGAUUUGCAUUGUCCUACUUAAACUAAUUGAAAUGGUUUAUAAAAUUGGGCCUCACAAAUGUGCAAAAGCUCUAAUGGAGUGGAUGAAAUCUGGAUUUAGCUGUUGCAUUUUGCACCUAUUAUGCAUUGUGAAUGUCAAAUCUAAAUAAAAGUUUGUUUUGGG